UUAUACACUCCAUUAUUAUAAUUAUUCAAUUUCAGCUUAAACUCUAUAAAGCUCUUUUCUUUCUCUUUCUCUGCUUUUUCUCAGCUCAUCCCCAAACAAAAUUCUCCUUUUUUUUUUAAAAAAAAUUGGCCCUUGAAUUCCUCCCAUUCAGUGGGGGGGCCCUUUAAUAUUUAAUUGUCCUGAAUUCUCAGUGUCUUUGAUUCUCUCUCUUUUUAUAUGCUUCAUAUAGUUAUUUUUGUGGGUUCUUCUUCUUCAUAACAAUUUCUCUCUCACUUACUUUCUCUGCAACACCCUCCUUCACUUUACCUAUACAAAGUAAUUUGCUGUGGUGGGUCGGAAGAAUUUGAGUGAAAGAGGAAAAACCCAUCAACAUAUAUCAGGCCUGAGCUGAUAUCUAUGUUGAUAAGGAGAUUUGAGCUUGGUUUUGAGUUGAGAGCAAACACGUUAUAUACCGCAAAUAUAGGAUUGUCUUGGUUGCUAAAACUUAAGAAUUUGAACUUUUAGAGUUAGCACAAGAGUUCCAUGGACAAUGACAUCAGUAUUGUGAAUGAAGUGCCAGAUGGGAUUCUUUCAGGAGUUCACUUUAAUGUGCUGACAGAAUAUGAUGCAGAAAAAAUAUCUGUACUGACCAUUGAAACACCUGCCGGGGUGACUGAUUCAAAGUUGGGAUUUCCAAAUCCGACAUCUGAAUGCGCCACUUGUGGCGCAAGAAGCAAUAAGCAAUGCGAAGGUCAUUUUGGUGUAAUAAAUUUUCCGUACACGAUAAUCCAUCCAUAUUUUGUAUCUGAAGUUGUACAAAUCUUGAACAAAAUCUGCCCAGGAUGUAAAUCCAUACGGAGAGAAAGACGCGCUAAGGGUGCCAAAGCAGGGGCUAAGCUUGAUCAAUUAAGGGGUUGUAAAUAUUGUGUAGGAAGGUCUCCAUCUAUCAGAUUCAGAGUUUCAACCAGUGACUUGUUCAGGAAGACGGCAAUUACAGUAGAACUUAUUGAGAGGCCACAAAGCAAGUUCCACAUUGACGAUUUUUGGGAUUUUAUUCCUAAAGAUGUCCAAGUGGAAGAAAGUGUGAACAAGAACAAAAGGGUUUUGUCACCUGCACAGGUCCAUCAUUUGAUAAAAGAUGUUGAUCCGAGCUUCAUAAAAGAGUUCGUUUCAAGAACAGACGCACUCUUCCUUAAUUGCUUUGCAGUGACGCCAAAUUGUCAUCGUGUCACUGAGCUUGUUCAUCCGUUUUCUACUGGGCAGAAGUUAAUAUUUGAUGACCGAACUAGGGCUUUCAGGAAGCUUGUUGAUUUCAGGGGUGCUGCCAAUGAGUUGGCAUCUCGUGUCUUAGACUGCUUAAAACUUUCGAAGCUCCGUCUGGAGAAGACAAAUAAUGAUUCUGAUAACAUAGACGUACUAAACACUUCAGCUUCGAAAUGGAUGAAGGAAGUAGUUCUCACAAAGCGCAGUGACCACAUAAUUCGCUCUGUUGUUACUGGUGAUCCAAAUCUGAAGCUCUCUGAGAUUGGCAUCCCUUGUUAUAUUGCAGAAAGGUUGCAAAUCUCUGAUCCUCUUAAUUCCUUGAACUGGGAAAAGUUGACUGCAAGCUGCAAUUUGAGGCUUCUUGAGAAGGGAGAGGUCUAUGUUCGCAGGAAAGGUAACCUGGUUCCUGUUCAUGAAAUGGAGGAGUUCCAAUUUGGUGACCGUAUAUUUAGGCCUUUGAAUGAUGGUGAUAUUAUGCUGAUAAAUAGGCCUCCUUCCAUUCAUCAACAUUCAAUGUUUGCUUUGCAUGUUAAAAUUCUCCCAAUAAAUUCUGUAGUCUCUAUAAAUCCUUUAUGUUGUGCUCCCUUGCAAGGGGACUUUGAUGGUGAUAGCCUUCACGGCUACGUGCCACAGGCGAUGGAAGCUAGAGUUGAGCUUAAGGAGCUUGUGGGCCUUGAUAAGCAGCUAAGAAAUGGACAAAGUGGAAGAAACUUGCUCUCACUGACACAUGACAGCUUGACUGGUGCACAUUUGCUCUUGGCAGAGGAUGGUGCUCUGUCCAAACCUCAAGUACAGCAACUGGAGAUGUUUUGUCCUCCGAAAUGGCUUUCACCUUCCACUGAAUCUGGUUUGUGGACUGGGAAGCAAUUAUUCAGCAUGUUAUUGCCACCUGAUUUUGAUUAUGUCUCUCCUUCAAAUGGUGUUGAAAUUAGUAAAGGGGAGUUAAUAUCAUCUCCUGCUGGAUCAUCUUGGUUUCGCGGGGAUGCAGAUGGAAACUUUUUUGAAAGUCUUAUUAACCACUGCGACGGUGAAUUUUUAGACUAUCUCGAUGCUGCUCAGAGGUUUUUUUGUGAGUGGUUAUCAUCUAGGGGCUUGAGUGUCUCUCUGCUUGACCUUUAUCUGUGUUCUGAUGGACACCUGCGUAAGAAUUUGGUUGAUGAAGUUUCUUGUGGUCUUCAAGAAGCAGAGAAAAAUUGCCAUGUGAAACAGUUACUGGUCGAGUCUUACAUACAAUACCUUCUCGAUGGUGAUGAAGACAAUCGAAUAGCUAAGCCCCUUGAGGCUGAUAAGCUAUGCUGUGAUAAACAAAAGUCAGCUGCUCUAAGUAUUGCUUCUGCCAGUGCCUUCAAAUUUGUCUUCCGAGAUAUUCAGAAUUUGACUUAUCAGUAUGCAGCUGAUGAUAAUGCUUUGUUGGCCAUGAUAAAAUCUGGAAGCAAAGGCAAUCUGUUGAAAGUAGUUCAGCAGAGUAUGUGUCUGGGUUUACAACAUUCAUUUGUACCUUUGUCUUUCAGGCUUCCUCACAAGAUUUCGUGUUCUGCUUGGAAUGAGUUGAAAACCAAAUGUUUAAAAGUUGAAGAAAAUCUUGAAUGCACUAAAUCCUUCAUUCCAUCUGGUGUCGUGGAAAGUUCAUUUGUCACAGGCUUGAAUCCUCUUGAAUGUUUUGUUCAUUCUGUAACAAGUCGAGGUAGUUCUUUCAGUGAAAAUGCUAAUGUCCCUGGUACCUUAACGCGAAAGCUUACGUUUUUCAUGCGUGAUAUACAACUGGCCUAUGAUGGCACCGUAAGAAAUGCAUAUGGGAACCAACUUGUUCAGUUUUCUUAUGCUGUUGAAAAAGGGAACUCUUCUACAUGUGGCAAUGAUGAAUUAAUUGGUGAGAGCAUAAAUGCAUGUGAUGCUGUUGGCGGCCACCCUGUUGGUGCAUUGGCUGCUUGUGCCUUUUCUGAAGCUGCAUACAGGGCACUAGACCAACCCAUCAAUGUUUUGGAACCUUCUCCUUUAUUGAACUUUAAGAAAGUACUUGAGAGUGGUUCCAGGAAAAGCAAAGGCAGGGCUAUCUCACUAUUUCUCUCUGACAAACUCAAAAGGUUGCAUUACGGUCCAGAAUAUGGGGCCUUAGAAGUUAAACAUCAUCUUGAGAAGCUGUACUUUUCUGAUAUUGUUUCAACAAUAAUGAUAGUCUAUUCUCCGGAGAGCGACAAUCGGAAGCAUAUGUGCCCUUGGGUUUGCCACUUUCAUGUGAGAAAGGAGGUUGUGAAGAGAAUGCGGCUGAAAGUAUUUUCUAUUAUUGAUGCUCUCAAGAGGAAGUGUGAAACGACUACCUCCCUUGCUAAUGUGCAUCUAAUGAGCAAGAAUGGUUGUAUUUCUGAUGCUGGGAAUGAUACUAGUAUUGUGUGCAUCACUGCCACCAUUAGUGAAAGUCCAAAGAAAUCAUGUACAAAUUUGGAUUCAGUUCGAGAGGUGGUGAUACCGAGCCUUUUGGGAUCCAUAGUAAAAGGAUUUGCUGAGGUUGAGAAGGUGGAUAUAUUGUGGCAUGAUCAACCAGUGGAAUCAAGGUUUCAGAGGGUUUUAUCUGGUGGCGAACUAUAUCUGAGUGUCUCUCUCUCAGCAAAUUGUAAAAGCAAAAAUCUGUGGCAUAGAUUAAUGAACAAUUGUCUUCCAAUCAUGGGAUUGAUCGACUGGACACGCAGUCAUCCUGAUGACCUAAGUGAGACGUUUUCAGCUUAUGGAAUUGAUGUUGCUUGGAGAUGCUUCCUUGAGAAUUUGAGGUGUGCGGCUACUGAUAUGGGCAAGACUUUUCUUCCAGAGCACUUAAUCCUACUGGCAGAUUGUCUUUCUGUAACAGGUGAAUUUGUCGGAUUGAGUGCAAAAGGGAUUGCUCGGCAAAAAGCCCAUGUAUCUGUUUCGUCACCUUUCAUGCUGGCAUGCUUUACUAAUGCAGGCGCUUCUUUCAUAAAAGCUGCUAAACAGGGAGCUGCUGACGAGCUACAAGGAAGCCUAGAUGCUUUGGCAUGGGGCAAAAUUCCUUGUCUGGGAACUGGUGCACAGUUUGAGUGUCUGUAUUCUGGCAAGGGGCACGAGAUCCAGAAACCUGUGGAUAUAUAUAACCUGCUAGCUAGCCAAACAAGCUCUGAUGAGAGUGCCACUAAAUUCAAGGUGCCACCUAAUGAUCAGUCGUUCAUGCCUGAAAAUUAUGGUGCUCGUCAUUCGAAUAGAUUGCCAAGUGCAAAAGUUUUCAAUGUGGCAAUACCAAAGAAAGUUUUACAGAAGUAUUUCUCUGUGGAUGACAUUUGGAGGCUCGGUCGGAUGUGGAAGAAAAUAUUGUACAAGUAUGCCAUUGAUGAGAAGUUGAGUGACUUGGACAAGACAAUGUUGUUGAUGGCUUUGAAAUUCCACCCACAUCGAGAUGAGAAAAUUGGGAAUGGAGCUGUAGAUAUUAAGGUUGGUUGUCACUCGGAUUACAAAGACAGCCGUUGCUUCCUUUUGGAAAGGGAUGAUGGAACUGUUGAAGACUUCUCGUACAAGAAAUGCGUUUUUGGUGCGCUGGAGCUUAUUUCCCCUGGUAGGGCAAAACUUUACCAGAAUAGAUUGGCCAAAAACGGUUCUACGCAGAAGCUCUAAACUGAUGGCAUUUGGGAUUAAAAAAUGUAACGACAAUAAAAUGACACAGAAGCAGAAUGAAUGUGUAUUAAAAGUAUAAAAAAAAAAAAAAAAGAAUUCGAAGAAGCUGGGCUGCUAUUUUUCAAGACCUGAGAUGCAUGCAGGCAUUAUUAUCGAGGAACGGUUGAGCUUAAGAGCUCUAUUCAAUUUUUUGCAGAGCGGUCGUGUAUUUAAGAAAGUUGUGAUGUGAAAGCAAAAGUCUAAUUGUAGGAUACUAAUGAUGGCCAAAAGAGGAGGCCUGAUUAGUGUUUACUGUUUAGAGAAGUAGUAAGUAGUAAGUUGAUGUUGCAUUGUGUUGUUUGUAUAAUUUGGUAGGGGGUUAGUUCUUUCCUCUACGCUUCUUUUUGCUGCUUCUACUUCAUCUUUUUUGCCUUUAUAUUGAAUAGGCAAGCAAGGUCUUAGUGGAAGCAGCAAAGAGAAGCUGGGAAAGCUAUUAUUAUAGUUUCUUCUUGUAAUUUCUCUUAACACUGUUUACCUCGCAAUGCAAACAUUUCUUUUUUUUC